GUGGUGAGCGCCUCUGCCGGGAAGAACAUGGAGGACGUGAAGCUGGAAUUCCCCGCGCUGCCUCAGUGCAAGGACGACCAAGAGGACUGGAGUUACCCGAUGAGACGGGAGAUGCAGGAAAUUCUACCAGGCUUGUUUUUGGGCCCGUAUUCUGCAGCAAUGAAAAGCAAGCUCCCGAUCCUUCAGAAAUAUGGAAUAACGCAUAUAAUCUGCAUAAGGCAAAGCAUUGAAGCAAACUUCAUCAAACCAAACUUUCAGAAUUUAUUUAGAUAUUUAGUCCUGGAUAUUGCAGACAACCCCAUUGAAAAUAUUAUACGUUUUUUCGCUAUGUCAAAGGAAUUUAUUGACGAAUGUUUACAGAGUGGAGGAAAAGUUCUCAUCCAUGGCAAUGCAGGGAUUUCCAGGAGUGCUGCCUUGGUUAUUGCAUAUAUUAUGGAAUCUUUUGGUAUAAAAUACAGGGACGCUUUUACAUAUGUGCAAGAAAGAAGGUUCUGCAUUAAUCCCAAUGCUGGAUUUGUUCACCAACUUCAGGAAUAUGAAGCCAUUUAUCUAGCAAAAUUAACCAUUAAAAUGAUGUCGCCUCUGCAAAUAGGAAGGAAUUGUUCUUUACAAUCUGGUGCUACUGGAAGCCUGAAAAGGACUCUCGAGGAGGAUGACGAAUUUGGGAAUAUGCAGAUGUCGGUAGCUCACGACGUGUAAACCUAAACCACACCUUGCUACACAUUUUGACUCAUUUCGGCCAUGUUUUGUCCGGGUGCUGCUGUUGUGCUUUAAAUAGACAAUGACGGGACUUUUCCACGGAUAAACAGAUGGCACUGAUUGUUUUACUGCUUUUUACACAGCUGUUUUACUAAAGAGAAGAAAAAAAAAAAAAAGUUUUUCAUUUGGAUGUGCAACUUGGUAUUACUGCAAUAACGCACUUUUCAUACUUUAAGUUUUUUCUUUUCUUUUUUGUAUAAUAUUAAUGCAAUGCAACCGAUGGGAAGGAAACCUGUUUCUAUAAAAUGUAAUUUAUAAGGGGGAA